UAUUGAAAUAAUUUUUUUUUGUUUUUAUUGAAAGUUUCGUUUAUGUAUUGGACGGUAAGAGAGAGCAAGUCAAAUUGAAGAUGGAGGCUCUGGUGUGCAAGAAACUGGGUGACCCAACGGCGGAGAAUUCAGAGGAGAAAGCGAUAGUGAUCGAGAAGAGCUAUCCGAUACCGGAACUGGAGACUCCGACGUCGGUGAGAGUGAGAGUCAAAGCUACGAGCUUGAACUACGCCAACUACCUUCAGAUACUCGGCAAGUACCAGGAGAAGCCGCCGCUGCCUUUCAUCCCCGGCUCCGAUUACUCCGGCGUCGUCGACGCCGUCGGCUCCGCCGUGACCAAGUUCAGACCCGGCGACAGGGUUUGCUCCUUCGCGCCGCUCGGGUCGUUUGCUCAGUUCAUCGUCGCCGAUCAGUCUCUUCUGUUUGGAGUGCCGGAGGGGUGUGAUCUGGUGGCGGCCGGUGCGUUGCCGGUUGCGUUUGGGACGUCUCAUGUGGCUCUGCUUCACCGGGCCAAUUUGAGCUCCGGUCAAGUGUUGUUGGUGCUUGGUGCGGCGGGAGGUGUUGGACUUGCGGCGGUACAGAUUGGGAAGGUUGUUGGAGCCGUUGUCAUUGCGGUAGCCAGGGGAGCUGAGAAGGUGGAGUAUUUGAAGUCGUUGGGGGUUGAUCAUGUGGUGGACUCCAGCAGUCAGAGUAUUAUCCAAAGUGUGAAGGAUUUCUUGAAAACCAGGAAGCUUAAAGGGGUGGAUGUUUUGUAUGAUCCGGUUGGAGGGAAGCUUACUAAAGAGGCAAUGAAGGUUUUGAAUUGGGGAGCACACAUUUUGGUUAUUGGCUUUGCCAGUGGAGAGGUCCCUGUCAUUCCUGCCAAUAUUGCUCUUGUUAAGAACUGGACAGUGCAUGGGCUGUACUGGGGUAGCUACAGAAUACAUCGACCCGCUGUUCUUGAAGAUUCAGUUAAUGAAUUACUUUCUUGGGUGGCGCGAGGCUUGAUCACCAUCCGCAUUUCUCAUACGUACCGCCUGCCAGAGGCCAAUCUUGCCUUUUCUGCCAUCAAAGAUAGGAAAGUCAUUGGGAAAGUGAUGAUUGUUCUUGACGACCCAAGCAGUGUAAGGUCAAAGCUCUAGAGAUCGAGGAAUUCAGCUGGGACGGUUGUAACUUUGUACUCAGCAAUUUCAUUCUUCAGUUUUCCCCUUUCCAUAGCUUGUGACGGACGCGUCAUUUACAGAAGGAUAUGAAAUAAAUUAAUAACAGUUUAUCAGGUUUAGGUCCAUUGUACAAGUUAUGACCUUGAGUAUAUGAUCGUAAUUUUGUAAGAAAUUCUGCAAUGUCAAAUAUAAGAGUGCGUAAAUAAGUAAAGUGGUUUCACUCUUAUUGAACUCAGAUCUCAUGAUCCGCUUACUUCCACCGGAGCUAAAACUCCAGCAAAGAAGUUCUACUUCUCAUUUCUAUC